UGUAACGCACGGGGAAAAACCCGCAAAGAGUAAAAGUGGAUUGUGCGUCUGGGUGCUCCCGCAAGUUGGACUUUCCUUUUCGGCGUUUGUAAUAUUUUGAGCUAAAAGGACCUGCUUACGGUUGCUUAGACGGAUACCUGUGCAACGGAUAUUGGUCAGCAUUAAGCAUCGUUGCCGUGCCUGAGAUGACACAGGCGUUUGCUGUGGGGGUGUGAGGUUGGGUCUCAGGUCUGCGGAAAUGCAGGAUUUAGCCAGCCCCCAUAGCCGCGCCUGGGGAAACGGCAGUGAGCGCCUCAGCGGUCUCGACAGAUCCCAGAUCAGCAGCGAUCCCACGACACCAAAUGGCACAGAAGAUAAAACGGAACGAAGGAACAGCUGCGACAUCGUCACCUUGACUACGGAGCAGUCUCAGGACAGCUUCUCGGGAUCAGUUACUGCAAGCAGUGGCUUCAGCCCAAGACAAACACACCAGUUUUCUCCGCAGAUUCACGCCUCCAACAGGCCUUACCCACAUAUUGUUCCUGCCCCGUCGACCCAAACGAUGGCCACAUACGGGCAGACUCACUACCCCACAGGGCUUCACCAGUCUCCAGCUUACCCCACCUAUACCCCGCCGGGACAGACCUACGGAAUACCAAGCUAUGGCAUCAAAACAGAGGCUGGUCCGACACAGACCCCGUCCCCAGGGCAAACUGGGUUCCUGAGCUAUGGUUCCAGCCUCAGUAUGCCCCAGACAGGACAGGCUCCCUACAGCUACCAAAUGCAAGGAAGCAGCUUCUCAGCACCGGGACUGUACACAGGAAGCAGCUCCCUCUCAAAUUCGGCUGGAUUCAACAACACACAGCAGGAGUACCUCACCUACCCAGCCUUUGGCCAAGGUCAGUACCCCCACUGUUACAGCAGCGCCCCCUACAGUUCGCCCUUCGGGACAGGGAACAGCAGCAGCCCCUCCACCCCCUCCACCUACAUCCUUCAGGACACCCCCUCCACCAUCAGCAGCCAGGCCCCAGCGGACACCCCCGCAGCGGCGGAGUACAGUGUGAUCCACAGUCCGGCAGACCCCGUGAAAGAAUCGGAUUCGGAUCGAAUAGUGCGCUCGACGGACACAAAGGCACGCGGCCGGGGGAGACGGAACAACGACCCCUCCCCGUCUCUGGAUUCGGACCUGGAGCGUGUUUUUAUCUGGGACCUGGACGAAACCAUCAUCAUCUUCCACUCCCUUCUCACCGGUUCCUACGCCAACAGAUUCGGACGAGACCCACCAAGUUCUGUGUCUUUAGGACUCCGGAUGGAGGAGAUGAUCUUCAGCUUGGCAGACACGCACCUGUUCUUCAAUGACUUAGAAGAAUGUGAUCAGGUGCACAUCGAUGACGUGUCCUCCGAUGACAACGGCCAGGAUCUGAGCGGGUACAACUUCAGCGCGGAUGGGUUCCAUGCGGCGGCCCCCAGCGGCAGCCUCUGUCUGGCCUCGGGGGUGCGGGGGGGUGUGGACUGGAUGAGGAAGCUGGCCUUCCGCUACCGGCGGGUCAAAGAAAUUUACACCACGUACAAAAACAACAUCGGAGGCUUGCUGGGUCCGGCGAAAAGGGAAGCCUGGCUGCAGUUACGAGCCGAAAUCGACUCGCUGACAGACUCCUGGCUAACCCUGGCGCUGAAAGCGCUGACGUUAAUCCAGUCGAGGUCGAACUGUGUGAAUAUUCUAGUGACGACCACACAGCUCAUACCAGCUCUGGCAAAAGUGCUGCUGUAUGGACUCGGCAUUGCAUUUCCCAUCGAAAAUAUCUACAGCGCUACAAAAAUCGGGAAGGAAAGCUGUUUCGAGAGGGUGAUCCAGAGGUUCGGGAGAAAGGUCGUCUACGUCGCCGUGGGAGACGGCAUAGAAGAGGAGCAGGGUUCCAAAAAGCACAAUAUGCCGUUCUGGAGGAUCUCCAGCCACUCGGACCUCAUGGCCCUCCACCAUGCUCUGGAACAGGAUUACUUGUAGCACCAUGGCAACCGUGUGGGUCCUGGUCUGUCUGCAAAGAGCUCCGUACCCCACGCCACGCCAAGAGACCUUUGUCACCUGUGUGUCCCUGUCCCGUUUGGAGCGAACGGCAUUUGCAGAGUGCUGAUUUGUCAGUUUCUUUUUAACACAAAUGCCAGGGUGGGCUCCAAUUGAUCAGUUCUUUUUGACCUAUGUGUUGUGACCCCUUUGGCACGACGAGUUUCUCCGCACCGGGGGAGUCUGCUUCCAGCCACAGAGUGUCCCUGCCUGUGUGUCCCGGGGGGGGUUUAGGAACCCUGACCUUAAGCCGUGAUCAGCGUCAGACUUCAGCUCCCAGAAAGGCCAUCAGCGUUAUUUACAGCCCUGUCAUCUGUCCCGGGUUCAAAGCCAUCAACACCUCGGAGCCUCAAGGGAUGCGAACCCUACCCCACCCAGACGAUCUCCUGUUCCAGCCUCUCUCUCUCUGACGCGCCUAAGGUGUUUGAGCUCAUCUGCUCCUGGAGGAUGCCCCCUGUUGGUUGCCCUGUGAACCUAUCGCAGAGGUAGGUCUGUGCUGACUCAGAGGCGUUUAACAUAGCAUCAACAUAUCCAGUGCUUCAUGAAGGACAGGAUUUCCUCAAGGAGGUUUUAGAGUAAUUUAAGAAUGAUAAACUCUGGUAAGACAAUCGUG